AUGAAACACAUAACUGUAGAGUAUUAUCAUACUGGUACUCUUUAUUUAUUACCAAAAGCUAUUGAGGAAAUUAUUCAAUCUCGAAAGAUGGUUAAAAAUGCAUGCAGAGAAAUGGCUUAUAAAUAUAGUACUUCAACUU